AUGGAGGCUGCUGCGACCGACCCGGAGACAGAGGCCAUAAAGACCUUAGCUGAAGUGAGCACCAUCCUAGAAUCUACAGGCUUGCAGGAGGAAGCAGAGCUGCCUGCCCAGGUCCUGGCUGAAUUUGUGAUGGACUCCCGGAAGAAGGACAAGUUGUUGUGUAGCCAGCUUCAAGUAGUGGACUUCCUGCUGGGCUCCUUGGUGAAUGAGGACACUGUCCAGGAUCUGGCCUCUGAAGACAUGAGCCGCCAAAAGGCAACGGAAGCCAAGGAACACUGGAAAGAGCUGAAGGCCACCUACCAGGAGCACGUGGAGGACAUCACUAGCGCCCUGAGACAGGCCCUGUUGCAGAAGGAAGAGGCCCAGAGGAAGCAGGCGCAGCUCCAGGAGGCCAUUGAGCAGCUCCAGCUCAAGAAGCAAGCGGCCGCAGAGAAACUCAAAGCAGCCCAGCAGCAGUGGCAGUUGCAACAGGAGAAGCAUCUACAGCGUUUGGCAGAAGUAAGGCAUCAUCAGAGAGGAACUCAGCAGAAGGUUGAGCAGCUGCAUCAGGAACUCAGAAGCUUGACGCAUCAGGCAGGGCAGAAGCAGGACCAGCUACAGAGGUACCAGGCCUUCCUCCAGCUGCUGUGCACCCUGCAGAACAAAGUGCUGCUCCCUGAGGCCGAGGUACAACCACCACAGGAGUGGCCUCUCCACCAGAAUAUUCCUGAGGAUAAGCCCCAGGAGCAAGACACUGGGCGUGACAUGGGAGGGGAUGGGGCUAUUAUUCCCAAGUGA